AAUCUGCAAAAAUGGGUAAGUGGAAUUAUCGAAGAAGAUGGACACCCAAAAAUUAUUAUCGAGAUCAACGAAUACCAUCUCCCCCUACAUAUUACGAAACUGAAUUUAAACUUCGAGGAGCCUGGGAAAAUGUUGACCUACCAUGGGAAGAGAGAUUCUGCAUUUCAGUAGGAAUUCCUUGGAAGAAGGUUGUCAAUGCUAAAAAAUACAUGCACUGCUAUGACAAUGUGGUGAAGUGGAACGAUUCAGCCAGUGAAGAAACAUUCCGUGAUGCCAAGGAACGAUUUUGGGCAAAAAUUAACGGCAUCCCUGCCGAUGUCCCUCAGCCUGAUCUGGACAUGUAUGCCAACGACAUCGAUUGGAAUCCAGAGAUUGAUUCUGAACUAGUGGAAGAUUUGGAACUAGCUUAUUUCAAUCCUGAUGAUCCAGAGAACGUCGAGAAGUUUGAGGCUGCCAAGAGAAACGAUGACAGUUUGGUUCCUGGAUGCAUUUUAGGAUUGGAUGGUAAGAAUACGAGUAAUGUCGACAAUCCUUGGGAACGUAAUAAAGAUACUGAUAUAAACGAUAAGACAAAUGGUUGGAAUUGUUCCGGUAACUUUGAAAAUAAGAACACUUCUGAUCCUUGGGAGCGAGGAAAAAAUACUCGAGAUGAUCAAGAUAUAAAAGAUGUCGGGUGGGGCAUCGGUGGAAGCAGCUCGUGGCACAACGACGCUAUGCGGGGAGGUGGUUCAAGAAACUUGGCUGAUAACAAUAUUCCAUGGGGCGGUGGUGCAAAUAACUCAUGGCAUCAGAAACAACAUCCGGCUAAUUUUCAGAGAAAUGGUUAUGGCCGGCAAGGCUGGGAGAGCGGGGAAGGGUAUAGACGUGCCGAACACGUCAGCACGUCUCGAGGAACCCAACAUACUCAAGCUCAAAGGGUAGGCUACCGGGAUAACUCUUUUGGUCAUCAAAGACGUAAUAACGGAAGUGGUUGGGAGUCGAACAUUAGUUGCCGAAAACGAGAAGGUUCUCAACAGUAUACAUCAAGUUACAAAAGUGCUAGAGUUCAAUCUGAUGAUUAUAGGGAAGGUAAUCAGUUUCCAAGGUAAACAAACACAUAAUAGAGUUGGCUUUACCCGUGAGUCGUCUUAUGAUGCAUAUAUGAACCAAAGAAACGCUUGCCAUAUCAAUCUGCGUAUCUUGUGCUCCUUUUUGUUAGCUCGGUUUGGCAAGACGUGGACUAUAACAAGGAAUUGCAAUCCUUUUGGCGUAAAAGUAUGUCUCAUGUAUCCGAACUCCCCGGAAAGGUAUGCUUUCCCCUCUUUUUGAAUCACAUAUGUAUACCUUUUGUUGACAUUAAUCUAAUGUGCAGAAAUUUUCUUGAUUUUGUUCU